AUGAUCUUUUAUACAGCUAAAGUCCUCACUUCUGAGUGCCCAGUAGUGGAGGGUGUGCCUCCUGCAGCAUAUUCUGUUCAUACUGCAGGACGUCGCCUUUUUGUGAAUGGCAAAUCGGAUCGCCUGGGUGCUCUGCACCUGAAGCAGAGCACAGCUACUUCCAUAGUCAAAGGCAAAACAUCAAAGAAAGCAUUGGCACUGCCUGCUUCCACAACAUCUCUUGCUGACGAGUCCGAUGAUGAACCAAGCGUGUCUGCACCUGUCUGCCCUCAGCCUCCCCCCUCCCGAGAAUUCAAACUCGUUAAGCACCUGACGGGCCAGAAGAAGGUUGACAAGGAGGUCAUUUCCUUGGCAUCUAGUGAUACUCCGUCUGGCUCAGAGGACCUAGAUGAAAACCUGGAGGAAUCAGUGAUUCUCAACUCCAAUUACCAAGAUGAUGUUUCCUCCAAGAAGUGGAAGGCAAAAUCUGAAGGCGCCUCGCGAGCAUCCAAGAAGAGGUCACUGUCUGUUGCGCCUGCAGAGAAGGCAGUUUCAGCAAAGAAGACGAAAGGUAAGGUACCUGUGAGGCCUAAACCCAAGGUGCCUGAGAGGAGAGCACCAUCGGGGACUGCUGAGUCCUCCGGUGAUGAACAUAUUCGAGAUGUGAGGGUACGAGCCAAACCUGCUAAAUGUCUGCUUGAUGGUUCAUCAGCUCAAGAGCAUCCUGUGACUGCAGUCGAUCCCAUCGUGGAUAAUGACGUCGAUGCUCCUGACGGUAGUGCCGUCAACAAAGCUGCAGCAGAGACUCGCUUGAGCAAUGCUGAUGCUACCAACAGCCUCCCCACACAUCCCUUGCCUCCCUUGCCAACUUGUCAUGCUUCGUCGCCUGUUGUGCGACCUCCAUCCCUGCAGCAUGGGGAAUCUCUUGGGCCAGCAGCUAAGUCGCCUCUCAUGCAACCUCCAUCCCUGCAGCCUGCAACAAUUCACGACCAACCCAUUGGGCGCAGGGAGCCUGUCAUGGGGAUGCCACGAUCCCAUCAUGAGCAGCAUACCGAAUCCGAGAUGGCGGCUGCACCUACCGACAGAGACUUUAAUACUGAGAGUCACUCCAUGAUGCGGGCGCACGAUGCAGACAUGAGACCAGGGAUGUAUGGUCCAUGCCCAAGGGGUCCAAUGUCAUCGUGCUAUGGACAAGGCUUUGCUCGUUACCCGCCGCCCGAAUAUUACCAUGACUCCCAUAUAGCACAUGCCCCCCAGCCCCCCCAUGGUCCUCAGCCUCAGUAUCACGGUGAUUACCAUGAUGCUCCCUACCACAAUUCUCGCGAUGGAUACAACGGUUAUGUCGAGACUUAUUGGCACCCUCCCAGCAGUGCAUAUUUUGGUCCACAAGGCAGAUACCAGCAUGGGUAUGGGCGUGAGUAUCCUAAUGAGUACCCCAAGGACCAGGAGGAUUGA